AUGAUGGCCACGGGCUACCCGGAGCCCCCUCCCGAAGAGACGGUGGCGCUGCUGCACGCGGCCAAGGAGCCCGGCCUGGGCGGCGAGCCGGGGGCCAAGGGCGAGCUGAGCCCGGCUCCCAGCAAGGCGGCGGCCGCCGGAGCCGGGGGCGGCGGCGGCGGCUCGUCGGAGAAGGGCGACCCUUCGCAGAAGCCGCCCUACUCGUACGUGGCGCUGAUCGCCAUGGCCAUCCGCGAGAGCGCCGAGAAGCGGCUGACGCUGUCGGGCAUCUACCAGUACAUCAUCGGCAAGUUCCCCUUCUACGAGAAGAACAAGAAGGGCUGGCAGAACAGCAUCCGCCACAACCUCUCGCUCAACGAGUGCUUCAUCAAGGUGCCGCGAGAGGGCGGCGGCGAGCGCAAAGGCAACUACUGGACGCUGGACCCGGCCUGCGAGGACAUGUUCGAGAAGGGCAACUACCGCCGCCGCCGCCGCAUGAAGCGCCCCUUCCGCCCGCCCGCCGCCGCCGCCGCCCACUUCGCGCCCGGCAAGGGCCUCUUCGGCGCCGCGGCCGAGGCGGCGGCGGGCUACGGCUACCUGGCCUCGCCGCCCGCCAAGUACCUGCAGGCGCCCUUCCUCAACGCCGCCGCCGCCGCCGCCGCCUCCUGGUCGCUGGCGCAGGCCGCGCCGCCCCAGCCGCCCGCCUCCUACGCGGCCUGCCAGAUGGAGGGCGGCGGCGGGGCGGCCGGGGGCGGCGGCGGCGGCAGCCCGGUCAGCCCGGGCAAGGGCGCGGCCUGCCUCUCGCCCGCCGGCUCGCCCGCCGCCGCCUACGGGCCAUACGCGCGCCUGCCCACCAUGGUGAACUCCUACAACGGCAUGGGCCACCCGCACCACCACCCGCACGCCCACCACCACCACCAUCCGCACGCCCACCACCACCACCACCACGCCGCCGCCGCGCAGCAGCUGGGCGCCGCAGCCGUGGCCGCCGCCGCCGUGGCCGCCGCUGCCUCGGCCGGCAGCCCCGCGCCCCAGGCGGCGCCCAACGGAGCCCCCGCCGGCCUGCAGUUCGCCUGCGCGCGCCAGCCGCCCGAGCUGGCCAUGAUGCACUGCUCCUACUGGGACCACGACGGCAAGCACGGCGCCCUGCACUCCCGGAUAGACAUCUGAGCCCGGCCCGGCCUCCGCUGCUGCCCGCGCGGCUCGCCCGCCUCCUGCGACGCGCCAGGGACCUGCGGUGCCCCCGGGAGAGAACCGCGCGCUCUAGAGAAUCUGUGGCCUUUGGGGAAAAGUCUAAGCUCUGCUCCGGGGCUGCGCCAAGGCCGCGUAAGUGCCGAGAAUUUUGUCUCUCCCCCAGCCCCCUUCUUUUUCUUUAGCAGCUUCGCUUUCUGGUCGUAGGCAGCACAAACGUUUCAGGUGCGGCGUUUUUGCAACCGACACCCACGCGCGCCCAGCUCGCUGCUCUCCUGUCCAUUUCCUUGAAACUGACACUCUCCUGCAGAAGUAACCAAAGCGGCCGAGUUUGCUUUUACCUGACGGGUUCACCAGCGGCAUGUUGGUCUCGUUUAUUUCACGCGCAAUUACUUUCCUUUCCGUGUAUGCAAGAGGAGUUACAGAAAAAAUGGAGGGGAAAUUCUAGUUCGAUAAGAACUGAAUAAUAAACUUGACUAAGGGAUAUUUCUUUAUUGCUACAGAUUUGAGAGCUGUGCAGCACAGUCUUUAAGACAUGUUUAUUCAGAAGCAAGUCCUGUGGAGCUCAAUGGGGCUUAUUCCCUAGUAAAACUGUUUAGGACGGCUGCGUUAGUUUGUUAGAUCAUUUGUAUUGAUGAGUUACGUUUAUAUCUCUAGCAAUGGCUAUUAUCGAUACGGAUAUAAACAUGACGAAUCAAUAACGUGAUCCGGGAUCUGGACCAUCUAAAGUAAUCAAAUGUAAUCCUUAAGGGACCAAUCCUGAAAAAGCCGGAAAUGUUUACUUUGAAGUAUGUCCUAUUUAAAUCGAUGGGACUUAUCCGCCAAAUCAAGACAUCUCGUUGGAUUGUCCAGUAUUUAUGUCUCAUUGAGUUUAAGAGGAUUUAAGCAAGCCUGCGCAGUUGUACAACCAUUGACAUUUUGGGGCCAGGAUUGCAUCUAAUAUCUUGAACAGAGCUAAGUCAAACCAAAGUGUAAAACCCGCUGAUUUCAGUGGAUUUCUAAGUAAUGUAGACAAUCUGACGGAACAAUCCUAGAGAAUCCGACUCAAGUCUACUCAAUGGGGCUUACUCGCAGAAAAAAAGUGCCCUUACAAUUGCGCUAUUAAGCACACUUUUUUGAACACGAAUCCAGGUAAAACGGUGGAGAUUAAAUUCCCACACAGAUCGAAUUUAUAGGGGACGAAGUGGGUUUAUCCCGAGUCAGUUUCAACCCGAGGCUCAAUGCACCUGCCUGAAGCUCUCUCCCUUCUACUUCAAUGGGUUCUCGUUCUAAAUAUGUUUAGGGUGAGGAAUGAGCUCCAAGUCACAAAUAAGUUUAAGAUCCCGGUACAGAUAUUUAAAUGAAAGCGCUUCAUUAAAAAAAACCCUAAUCUAUCUUCAAUCUCCAGUCACUGCUAUAAAAAAUACUAAUUUUCUGAGAAUAGUUGGUGCGGAAAUAAAGCGAAAGACUCCUGGGCUUCCCGGCUUGUUUUUGGUCCUGUGUGUCAGAACAGAAGACGGUUCUGAUUGCCUGGGAGGAAAUUUGCACUUCUUUUUUCAAACCUGCCUUUCUGUCCAAAUAGUACUUACUUGGGGACUGUAUUCGAGUAAGCUCCGCUUUUCAAAGUGUCCAGUAGCCAUGCUGAUUUUAUUUGAGAUCACUUUGGGGAGCAAUAAAUAGAUAUAUGUGUGUAUAUAUGUAUUUUUUUAAGUAGAAGAUGUCUUCUCAAGAUAGAGUAAUUUUAUACGUCUAAAAUUAUAUUUGGACAAAAUGAGACUGUUCCACGAUAUUAUUAUUGAUAGUAAUAACAAUGGAGACUUAUUUUUCCAAGUACAGUAUUGUAUAUUAUUUUUCAAAGAAUGUUAAAGAUAAUUUUGGUAUUUUUGACCCAGAAGCUCUUGAUACUUGCUAGGCUGUUUUCAGAGUCUUUUUUUUUUUAAGUUGGGGUCCCU